AUGUUCAAAAUAUUUAAUAGCGAUAAAAAUAAAACAUUUAAACCAAAAAAAGGUUUCAGUAAAGGAACUAAAAGACACGAUUUACAUAAACACGCAAAAGCUACAUUAGGUAGUGGUAAUUUAAGAUUAGCAGUCUCACUUCCAGAAAGAGAAGAUUUAAAUGAAUGGUUAGCAGUUAAUACUGUUGAUUUUUUUAAUCAAAUUAAUUUACUUUAUGGAUCAAUUACUGAAUUUUGUACUCCAAAAACAUGUGAAGUUAUGUCAGCAGGACCAAAAUAUGAAUAUUUAUGGGCUGAUGGUGAAUCAGUAAAGAAACCAAUUAAAGUAUCAGCUCCAGAGUAUGUAGAAUUUUUAAUGACAUGGGUUCAAGGUAUUUUAGAUGAUGAAAACAUAUUCCCAUCACGUGUUGACGUUCAAUUCCCUAAAAACUUCCAAUCCAUCGUUAAAAAUAUCUUUAAGAGAUUGUUUAGAGUAUACGGUCAUAUCUAUUACUCUCACUUUACAAAGAUCGUUUCAUUAGGUGAAGAAGCUCACUUAAAUACUUGUUUCAAACAUUUUUACUUUUUCAUUGUCGAAUUUAAUUUAGUUGAUAAAAAAGAAAUGCUUCCAUUACAAGAUUUAAUUGAUAACUUAACAAAAAGUAGUACAUAA